GGUACAUACACUUACUAAGUUAAUAUGAUUGUCUUGAAAAUAUUUCGGUCUCAUAGGAGUCAACUACUAUUUUAUCAGAUAAAUGAUGCGCACCGCCUUCCUCUCUUUCCUUACUUUAGGAGGAUGAGUUAGCCAAAGUAUGGAUAAUAUGAGCGAUCUUGUUCAUGGUCUCUUUUCGGGGACUUGCAUUGGAUUCUCCUGUGGGCGGGAGUGCGGACUCUUGGUCCGGCAAAUAAUAUUGCCUUAGGGAAAUGUAUGAGUCAAGAAAGAAGUUACUCCUGAUAUAUGGAUCAUUGAUAGGGCCUUCUAAUAGAAUCUUGUUUGUAACUCUUCAUACUGGACCAAAACAUUCACCUAUUCUCAACACUAUAGAGGACAAACUACGACUAGUAUAGAUUGUGUUACGAUUGAAAUAUUACGGUAGAUAGACCUCUCCGUUUCAAACAAAACUAGCUGCAGUCACUCUGCCCAAUACGUGUAGCUUAAACAGCCUUGUCUUCCCCGGAUGAAUCCGAACACGAAUCGAAACUUUCAUAUAAAUGAACGAAUCUCCUAUGCAACGCAUGUAUGUACACAUGUCUCCCACCACAGAUAUCAUCGAAUGUACUUUUGUCUACUAGCAGGUAAGCUACUGUACGUUUGGUUGAACGUGGGAAGCUGGACGGCCAAUAGGCGGGACUGAUCGGAUGCGAACAAGAAAUAUAGCAUAAAAUGAAGGUGACCAAUAAAUUCAAUUCAGAUUGAUUGCGCUGGGGUCCAAUCGUUUGAUCGCAUUCGCUGUCCGAGACUUUUAGUAGGACCACUAUUUAUGCAUGACUAGCUUUUCUUAUUUAGUAAAAGGAAAAAAAGAAGAAAAAAAGGAAAAAGGGCACGG